GAGCCGCACCUGAGAGCCGGAGGAGCCGCGGCGGGCGGAGCAGCACAACUCCUGUCCCUCACUCCUUCACAGCCACACGGCAGUUUUUUUCCAGAGCUUUCCAACCUUUUCUCUUUUCCUUUUUUUUUUAAAACGCAUGUUUGGUUUGGAAGCUCGGCAGCAUUUUUACACUUUCGAGGCUUUGCUUUUUGUGUUUAUUCCAACCCUCCUCCCCGCUGGGUCCGUCCUAUAAUAAAGACCAGCCGCUCAGUCAAAUUAAGAAACAGAAAAAAAACAAACAAACAGAAAGACAGGAGGAGACGAGGAGAAGGAGCGCUGAUGUAAAGAGGAGUCGCGGCUGUUUUAUUAUUGUUAUUAUUAUUAUUUUUAAAUCGUUCUUGUUAUUUGGUGUUUUUGCGCAAUGCCGGUGCAGAUCCCGGACGACUCGGACUUCAGCUCGUUUAAGGAGCAGUGCGAGAGUCAGGACGGCUGGGUGAGCCGCUACAACAAGGGAGGAGUGACGGUGUGGUGCCGGGAGGAGGAGAGCAGAGCCGUGCAGAAACUCAAGAUGAGGAUAGUGUGUAAGGACGUGCGGGCGGAGACGCUGUAUGACGUCCUGCACGACACCAGCUACCGCAAGAAGUGGGACACCAACAUGAUCGACACCUACGACAUCGGCAGACUCACCGUCAAUGCAGACGUCGGCUACUACUCCUGGAAAUGUCCCAGCCCGCUGAAGAACAGAGACUUUGUGACGAUGAGAUCCUGGCUGCCACUUGGCAACGACUUCCUGAUCAUCAACUACUCUGUCAAACACCCACAAUACCCUCCGAAGAAGGACUACGUCCGGGCCGUGUCGCUGCUGACCGGCUACCUGAUCCAGUCCAACGGCGCCACCUGCUGCACCCUGUACUACCUGACCCAGGUCGACCCCAAAGGCUCUCUGCCCAAGUGGGUGGUGAACAGAGUUUCCCAGUUUGUAGCUCCAAAGGCGAUGAGGAAGAUCUACAAAGCCUCUCAGAAAUAUCCGGAGUGGAAGAGGAAGCACAAUCCCAACCUGAAGCCGUGGAUGUUUCCGGAGCAGAACACGCUGCCGUGCAUCAGCGCCGCCGACCUCACCGUCCAGCGCGCCGACUCGCUGGAGAACAUCGACGAGAGCAGCCUGAGGGAGGAGAAGACGCAGCACAGCGACGACGAAGAGACUUAAUCCACACAGACCGGAGCCGCCUGUCUGUCUGUCUGUCUGUCUGUCUGCCUGUCUGCCUGUCUGUCUGUCUGUCUGCCUGCCUGUCUGUCUGUGUGUCUGUCAGAGCUGGACCAAACUGUCUGAAAACCACCGAGAGGCUCCUCAGCUGUUUUCCUCCUGCAACUUCAUUUAUCCUUUUUUUUUUUUUUUUUUUUUUUUAAAAUUCAAAUCUCCCUAUCCGCACGAGAACACAAAAACACAUCCUUCUUGAUGAUGUGAGCAUGUGCAAAGAAGCUGAGCCAUCUGAAGCAAAAAAAAAAAAAAAAAAAAAAAAAAAAAAAACACAUGCAAACAAGCCAGAGUUAGCAAAAAAUGCAAGUGAGCUUAUUUAUACAGGGCAGUUCAUGCACACUGUCAGAUCACAGUGCUUCACAAGACCGAAAAAAAACAUUAAAAACAGGACAUAAAAAUAAAUUAAUGAGGGAAUAAUUUAAAAAAAUCGGUUAAAGUCAGGUGAUCAGGGAAAAAAAAUUCCAUGUGUGCACGGGCAGAGGUCCACAUGGAGUAAUAAUGGCAUUUGUUAGCAUUUUCAAGACUUCCAGAUUUAAAUAGAAAAUAAAAUUUAAAAAAAGUGUUGUCUUCAGCAGAAAUAAAUGGGGAUUUCCUAAUUCUUUCAAAAUAAUUUCUAAUUUAGAUGUUUGUAUAUGAAAAAAUAAAGGUUUUUGCAUAUCACUUAAGUCAUAAGUCAGUUUAUUUUUACAGCACAUUUAAAGACAAAAUGUCACCCAGAUCAUUUGAGUUUGAGAUAAUUUACAUGACAUGAAAAACGCUAAGGAAAUAAAAUACAACCAUCACUAAAUUAUGUAAAACUACAGAUGAUUUAGAGUUCAGCUGCUUGUUUUGUGAUUUAUUUAUGGUGGAAAUGAAAGUCAGUAACAUGCAGUUUUUUUUUUGUUUUUUUUUUAAUUAAAAUCAGUCAAGCUGGAGUCUCACUUCAGCACGAGCAAUAAUUUGUGACGAGGCUGUGAAAAUCCACCAUGACAAUAAUCAUGUUGAUGUAAAUAAACAGCAGAGUUCUGUGACAUUUGUCAGCUGUCUCGGUCACUUUGGUCCAGCUCUGCAGUCUGUACAUGUGUGUGUGUGUGUGUGUGUGUGUUCUGCGAGAGAGUGUGUGUGCAGCUGACGACCUCCGAUCCGCUGCAGGAUCUUUACAGGCUGUGAUUUAGUGAGCGGGCUCGCCUGGAGGCCUGACCGCAUCAGGACCGCAAAGCAAAGAAAAAAAAAAAAACAAAAGAAAGAAAGUAUUUUGGAGAUUUUAUGAGCUCUGGGUCUUGCAUGCAGAAUCCUCCAGGCUUCAGUCUGUUUCCGCUCAAAUUCUGUAAAAAAAAAAAAAAAAAAAAAGAAUAAUAAUGCAUCAUUCCUGGCUCAGAUCUCAUUCUUAGUCAUGUUUUGCCUUUA